UCGUCGGUCUCGCACAAUCGAGGCUGUGUUGUUGUCGUUGUUGUUAGGGCAUGCGCAGAUUGUGUCGGUUAGCAGCACUGGAAUCCUCUGUUGCGCAGGUUACAGGUUUUCCUUUGCUUCUACGCCGAGGAUCGAUUGCACUGCAACUAGGGUUUUUGAUCAAUCAAGACUCGCCAUAGCAGGGUUUAUCAGUGAGCCGAUUGCGGGAUUCCGGCACCGCCAGUUUUCUUUGGUUGUUUGCGGUGCAGCAGUGAGAUUGAUCGUGGACUUGCGAAGGAGCGUAGAGUAAGCCCGUUGAGUUAGUGGUGUAGUAGAAACAUCAAACAAUGUAUUUGUACAGUUUGACGUUGCAGUCGGCGACAGGAAUAGUUUGUGCGACGUAUGGCAACUUCACGGGUGGCAAGACGCAGGAGAUUGUGGUGGCUAGAGGCAAGGUGCUGGACUUGCUGCGGCCUGACGAUAAUGGGAAGCUGCAGACAAUGCUCUCGGUGGAAAUAUUUGGAGCCAUUCGGUCGCUGACGCAAUUUCGCCUCACCGGGUCGCAGAAAGAUUAUAUUGUUGUAGGAUCGGACUCGGGUCGAAUAGUGAUUCUAGAGUAUAACAAAGAGAAGAAUCUGUUUGAAAAGGUUCAUCAGGAGACGUUUGGGAAGUCGGGGUGUCGGAGGAUCGUGCCUGGGCAGUAUUUAGCAGUGGAUCCUAAGGGGCGUGCUGUUAUGAUCAGUGCUUGUGAGAAGCAGAAGCUGGUUUAUGUACUCAAUCGUGACAAUGCUGCGCGCCUGACCAUUUCCUCCCCCCUGGAGGCUCACAAAUCGCAUACAAUUGUUUAUUCUAUCACAGGUGUUGAUUGUGGAUUUGAUAACCCUAUUUUCGCAGCUAUAGAGCUAGAUUAUUCAGAGGCAGACCAGGAUCCUACAGGGCAAGCAGCAAAUGAAGCGCAAAAGCACUUGACGUUUUAUGAACUCGAUUUAGGGCUGAACCAUGUUGUUCGGAAAUGGACCGAACCUAUUGAUAAUGGAGCUAAUAUGUUGGUCACAGUACCUGGUGGAGGGGAUGGACCGAGCGGGGUGCUCGUUUGUGCGGAAAAUUUUGUUAUUUACAAGAAUCAAAAUCAUCCUGAUAUUCGCGCGGUUAUUCCACGAAGGCAGGAUCUGCCUCCGAAUAGAGGAGUAUUGAUUGUUUCUGCUGCUACUCAUAAGCAGAAAGCUCUGUUCUUCUUCUUAUUGCAAACCGAAUACGGUGACAUUUUCAAGGUCACCUUGGACUACGACAAGGAUGAUCAAGUGACAGAGUUGAAGGUUAAGUACUUCGACACCAUCCCUGUGACAUCCGCAAUGUGCGUUCUAAAAUCUGGUUUUCUUUUCGCCGCUUCGGAGUUUGGAAACCAUUCUUUGUAUCAGUUUCAAAGCAUCGGUGACGAUCCGGAGGUGGAGUCGUCGUCUUCUACUCUUGUGGAAACUGAGGAGGGUUACCAACCUGUGUUCUUCCAGCCUAGAAAAUUGAAGAAUCUGGUACAAAUUGAUGACAUUGAGAGCCUGAUGCCUAUUAUGGACAUGAAAGUGGCAAACAUUUUUGAAGAAGAGACUCCCCAAAUUUUCUCCUUGUGUGGGAGGGGUCCAAGAUCAUCUCUUCGCAUCCUACGUCCUGGCCUUGCAGUGACAGAAAUGGCCGUGUCUCCGCUUCCCGGAGUACCAAGCGCCGUGUGGACCGUCAAGAAGCACGCAAACGAUGAGUUCGAUGCUUACAUCGUAGUGUCGUUUGUGAAUGCUACACUGGUGCUCUCCAUUGGAGAGACCGUAGAGGAAGUAAGCGAUAGUGGCUUCUUGGACACGACUCCUUCCCUAGCAAUUUCACUUCUGGGUGACGACUCUCUCAUGCAGGUGCACCCGAGUGGUAUUCGCCAUAUCAGGUCCGAUGGACGUAUCAACGAGUGGAAAACACCAGGAAAGAAGACAAUCGUGAAAGUCGGAUACAAUCGAAUGCAGGUCGUUAUAGCCCUUAGUGGGGGAGAGCUUAUAUAUUUUGAGAUGGACAUGUCAGGUCAACUUAUGGAAAUUGAGAAGCGGGAUAUGACGGGAGAUGUAGCUUGUCUUGACAUUGCGCCUGUGCCUGAAGGUCGUCAAAGGUCACGGUUCUUAGCUGUUGGUUCGUAUGACAGUACAAUUCGAAUCCUGUCCCUGGAUCCAGAUGAUUGUAUGCAGAUUUUGAGUGUGCAAGCAGUCUCAUCUCCUCCAGAAUCGCUACUUCUCCUUGAAGUACAGGCUUCGACGGGAGGUGAAGAUGGCGCAGAUCACCCAGCUAGCGUCUUUCUCAAUGCGGGUUUACAAAAUGGAGUACUGCUUAGGACAGAGGUAGAUAUGGUGACUGGACAGCUUUCAGACACUCGUACCCGAUUUUUAGGUCUGCGAGCCCCUAAGCUCUUCUCGGCUUUAGUUAGGGGCAGACGGGCAAUGCUAUGUCUUUCCAGCCGACCUUGGCUCGGUUAUAUUCAUCAGGGGCAUUUCUUAUUGACGCCGUUGUCAUAUGAAACCCUGGAAUAUGCAGCAUCGUUUUCCUCAGAUCAGUGUGCAGAAGGUGUCGUGGCAGUGGCUGGAGAUGCUCUUCGCGUAUUUACUAUUGAGAGACUCGGCGAGACAUUUAAUCAAACAGUUGUGCCCCUCCGGUACACCCCGCGCAAAUUCAUUCUUCAUCCCAAACAGAAAACUCUCAUCAUCCUCGAGAGUGAUGAAGGUGCUUUUAGUACAGAGGAGCGGGAGGCGAAUAAAAAGGAAGCAGUGGAAGCUACAGGCGGCCACGAAAAUGGGAAAGCAGAUGGAGAGGAUGAAGAAAUGGCUGAUGAAGAGAGUGAAGACCCUCUUCCCGAUGAGCAAUACGGCUAUCCAAAAGCAGAAGCGAACAAGUGGGUGUCGUGCAUUCGAGUAUUGGAUCCAAAGACUAGCACAACCACAUGUCUUCUAGAGUUGCAAGAAAAUGAAGCAGCCUUCAGUAUUUGCACUGUUAAUUUCCACGAUAACAAGGAAUUAGGGACCCUCAUAGCUGUUGGAACCGCCAAGGAUUUACAGUUUAUGCCGAGGAAAGAGGCAUCCGGUGGAUUUAUACACAUAUACAGGUUUGCGGAAGAGGGUAGAGUUCUUGAACUUGUGCAUAAGACUCCUGUUGACGGGGUUCCUACUGCUUUGUGUCAGUUUCAAGGUCGACUUUUGGUCGGGGUAGGUCAGGUCCUGAGAAUAUACGAUCUUGGGAAAAGGAAGCUGCUUCGUAAGUGCGAGAAUAAAAAUUUCCCCAACACAAUAAUUGCAAUUCAUACCUAUGGGGACAGAAUAUAUGUGGGUGAUAUUCAAGAGUCAUUCCAUUAUGUGAAGUAUCGACGCGAUGAAAACCAAUUGUACACUUUUGCGGAUGAUAGCUGCCCAAGGUGGUUGACUGCGUCACUGCACAUUGAUUUUGACACCAUGGCUGGAGCAGACAAGUUUGGAAAUGUUUAUGUCAUGCGCUUACCUCAAGAUGUUUCAGAGGAGAUAGAAGAUGACCCUACCGGUGGGAAAAUUAAAUGGGAGCAAGGACGAUUAAAUGGUGCACCAAACAAGGUCGACGAGAUUAUUCAAUUUCACGUGGGAGAGGUAGUCACAAGCUUGCAAAAAGCAUCUCUCAUUCCAGGUGGAGGGGAGAGUAUGCUUUACGGCACUGUCAUGGGAAGCAUGGGAGCUCUGUUGCCAUUUUCAUCUCGUGAAGACGUAGACUUUUUCUCCCACCUUGAGAUGCACCUGCGACAAGAAAACCCACCUCUGUGUGGUCGUGAUCAUAUGGCAUUCCGAUCUGCAUAUUUCCCUGUCAAGGAUGUAAUCGACGGAGAUCUCUGUGAGCAGUAUUCAAUGCUUACAUCGGAGUUGCAAAAAAAAAUUGCCGAUGAUCUUGACCGAACCCCAGGUGAAAUUGUGAAGAAGCUCGAGGACAUCAGGAACCGAAUUAUUUAAGUCCAAUACCAAUGGUGUAUCGAUCGAGUUCAUACGCCACACCCAAGCGCCUAACCUUGACAUUUUCCCAUAGUUGCUGGGGUAAAUAUUUUUAGACUCUUGGAGUGACCAUGCACGAUGAAGAAUCACCAAGACAGUUCCUUCUCAGGUACAAGUGAUUACUAGAGAUGUUUUGGCCCCUGGGGAGUCAUUUCCACUACAUCCGAAACAUAUGCACGCGCUUCUGCAUCGAAAAACUAGCGUUUGCUGUAUUGUAGAUGUGCCCGUUUGAAGUAAUUUUCAACUGCAUGCAGUGCUGAGUGCGGUAGCCCUUUCGGCAAGCGAGGAAUCUUAGAUCUCUAACUUUGAACAAACCUCUGGACAUGAACACAAGCAAUGCUAUGAUCAUUGCACAUGUAAUUUUCUACAACUUCACGUGAUCAUUGGAAGUUAAUUUAGACUUGUAUUACUAUCCAA